AUGGACGGCAAAGGAGACCCAGAGAGGGCUGAUGCUCUGGAGCAGUUCAAGAACAAGUUGCUUGAGCUGAGGGAAAUGGAAGCCAAGCUCAAGACACUGCGAAUCGAUAUCAAAGGCCUACAGAAAGAUUUCGAUACUACGGAAGACAACAUCAAGGCCUUACAGAGCGUGGGCCAGAUCAUAGGGGAGGUUCUGAAGCAGCUCGACGAGGAAAGAUUCAUCGUCAAAGCAUCGUCCGGUCCACGUUACGUCGUUGGCUGCCGAUCCAAGGUCGACAAAGCCAAGCUUAAGCAAGGCACACGCGUCGCUCUCGACAUGACUACCCUUACCAUAAUGCGAAUGCUACCUCGUGAAGUGGACCCACUGGUAUACAACAUGUCGCUGGAAGAUCCGGGACAGGUCAGCUUCGGCGGAAUUGGAGGGCUGAAUGAACAGAUAAGAGAACUCCGAGAGGUCAUCGAGCUGCCGCUAAAGAAUCCGGAGUUGUUCCUGAGGGUGGGCAUCAAGCCGCCAAAGGGGGUUUUGCUCUACGGGCCCCCAGGCACAGGGAAGACACUGUUGGCAAGGGCGGUGGCAAGUGGCUUGGAGACCAAUUUCCUGAAAGUUGUAUCUUCGGCCAUCGUGGACAAAUAUAUCGGGGAAUCAGCACGGUUGAUCAGAGAAAUGUUCGGAUACGCCAAGGAGCAUGAGCCAUGUAUCAUUUUCAUGGACGAGAUCGAUGCCAUUGGAGGACGACGAUUUUCAGAGGGCACGUCUGCUGACCGAGAAAUCCAGCGCACGCUCAUGGAACUGCUCAAUCAGCUCGACGGCUUCGACUAUUUGGGUAAGACCAAGAUUAUAAUGGCAACCAAUCGACCAGAUACCUUAGAUCCUGCACUCCUGAGAGCAGGUCGAUUGGACAGGAAGAUUGAAAUACCACUACCAAAUGAGGUCGGCAGAUUAGAGAUUCUUAAGAUCCACACAAGCGGCGUAUCUCUAGAAGGAGAGAUUGAUUUCGAGAGCGUCGUCAAGAUGAGUGACCAGCUGAAUGGUGCAGAUCUUCGCAAUGUGGUGACAGAAGCAGGACUUUUCGCUAUUAAAGAUUACAGAGAUUCAAUAAAUCAAGAUGACUUCAACAAGGCAGUGAGGAAGGUCGCAGAAUCCAAGAAGCUAGAAGGCAAGCUGGAAUACCAGAAGCUGUAG